AUGCCAUCACCUCACCCAGACGAAAGCGAACCUGCCGCUGGCGUCCGAAUCAAAGGAAUUGGCUGCGUUAUUUUAUUCAUUGAUCUUUUCUGUCGCCUUCUCAACAAGAGCCCCAGUGAAAUAGAAGCUCACCUCCGAGCGGCAGACUCCAGCGUUGAAUCUAAACUCCAGGCCUCUCCCGAAUUCCACCGACUGAUCGAAAAUGGAGAGAUUCCAGUGGGACUGGAUACCGAGCCAGAGGUGUACUGCUACGUGGAUACCUUUCAACUCAACGAUACCUCUAUCGACUCGGCCAUCGAUAUGCCUGAAGAUGACAUUGGUAUUGAAGAUGUUGGUUUCGAGAUCACAGAGGACGAGGGAGACGAGGGAGAGAUGAACGUGGCCCAGGAUGUGACCUGUGUGAAUCAAGUUCCCGCCUAUAACGAUGAUCUACAACCAGUGCAGACGCAGAUCUAA